AUGCGAAGGCUGCUGGCCAGCCUGCUGCUGGCGGUGCUCCCCGUCGGGCCCUCCGUGCCCGCCCAGCCCCUCGCAGCGGCCACCGAGCGCGCCCGGGCCUCGCCGAGCCCCGAGGAAGGGGCCGGGGUGCUGGGCCCGCCCCGGGACCCCUGCGCUCAGACGGCGGCUGCGGUAAUUAAAGAUAAUCUUUGGCUUCAAAAAGAGAUGGGAUGUCUGGGAAUGACAGCAAUGCCAUUACUUCUGGCCACUCAAGAAAGUGAAGCCCCUCACCAGUUCUUGACCUCUGCAGCCUCGGACAAUCAGUGGAGCCAUUCGCUGUUUACAUUGGUACCCUCAUGGACAAAUAAGAUUUUGUUCAAACGAGAGUCUUCUGUUAACCUCCACCAGAUUAAAGAUGUGUCCAAUGUGUCAGUUUCUUCUGGGUUUGGAAUAACCCUUCAGAAAUGUGGUGUGGUGGAUGUUGAACAUGACCCUCAAAUCGCACACAUCACACUUCUGAUUAAUAACACCAACACACUGCUCUCAACAAACAUUACAGAUCUUAUCCUCCUGGACAAUAUCACUGGUCUUCACGUUCAAAAAAACAGUGGCAAUAAGACCACAGAUGGCAUACAGAUUUAUAGCAAAGGAGUCUUGCAAGGUGGAGAAUACUUUGCAGUCAACUACUCUGCACUUCUUGACGCAAAAGAAACAUGGGAUGGCAGGGUCUUGAUGCUGCCUGCAAAGCUAACUUUCAAGAGUUCAUCACAGAAUGCAACACAUCUCGUAUCACUGACAGCAUCAUUCACCAUAACUGAAGAAGAAAAGACCAAGAUUUUGUACAGCCAUGCCAUCCAUGCUUCAGGGUUCUUCAUUGCUUUUUUUAUUUCACUCGUACUGACAUGUGCUGUCUUUUUCAUCAUUUACCGAACCCAAAUAUUAAAAUGGAGUUUCCGCAGUAAAAACCAGGAGAUGCAGCAUGAACUCAUCCAGAAUCACAAACUGGAGCAUUCUCAGUUUAAUUCAGGUGAUCUCUUUAGUGAAGAUAUAAUUAUGAACGACCAAAUCAUCAAUAUUCUGUCCUUUGAAGAACCUGGAAACAUGCUUCAGGCUUUAGAAGACUUGGAGGUUGCCAGCCUGACACGGGCAGAUGCCGAUCUGGAGGCAUAUCGAACGCAGAUAUGCAAAGAAGUGAUUGCUAUGAUGAUGAAGAACAUGGUCUUAAGUCACAGCCUCUUUCCUCAUGUGGAGAAGAAGAUGAGUUCAAUUUUCAAAAAGCAGUUUCUUGCAAUGGAGAAGGAGAUUCAAGAGGAAUAUGAAAGGAAGAUGGUGGCUUUAACGGCUGAGUGUAACCUAGAAACCAGAAAGAAAAUGGAGGCUCAGUGCCAAAAAGCUAGAGCUGUAAAUGAAGAGGCUGAGGAAUUAAUGAAGAAAAUGAAUGAAAAGCCUGCUGUAGAAUACAGAAGUCUUCUGGAUAGACUUCACACACUGGAGCAGGACCAUGUGAAGAGGCUCCUUCUGGUAAAGCAGGAGGAAUAUUUUGCAAAGGCUUAUAGAGAGCUGGCUGUUUGCCAGAGAAAGGAGCUCCAUAAUAUCUUUUUUACACAGAUAACAAAUGCUACUUUCAAGGGAGAACUGAAGUUGGAAGCAGCUAAAACGUUAGUGGAAGGUUACUCUAAAAUACAGGGAGACAUUGAAGAGCUAAUGGAUUUUUUGCAAGCUAGCAAGAAAUAUCAUCUGAAUAGAAGAUUUGCUUACAGAGAGUAUCUCAUAAGUAAGAUACAGUUAAGGGAUUCUCAAGCCUCUGCUCUUAUAAAUGCAGCAGCAGCCCAGAUACCAAGUCUCAUUAAUAAGAUGGAAAGGGCAGGUCAUCUACCUGAAUGUCAUUUGGGGAUGCUGCUGGACCGAGCUGAGGCUGAAAUUAAUUCUGUUAAACAGAAAUUCGAUCAUGAUUUAAAACAAGAAAAGCAAAAGCUUCGCCAGAAACUCGUUACAAGGCGAAGGCGGGAAGUUCUGCAAAAGCAGAAAGAGCAUCGGAAGGAGCAGCUGUCCCUUGGAGAGACCUUCAAAACUACUAAGGAGGUCACUCACUACCUGGGCCACUGGAAAAAUCUUUUGAGUGAUCACACCAUUGAAUUUGAAGAGCUUACUGAAAAACUUGACAAUGAGGCCAGUGAAGAGCUGAAAGAGCUUGUGUUUGGUUUAACAGAGAAAGCCAUUGAAGAGCUUAAACGUGUUCAGUGUGGAGUAUUUGUGCAAGAACUGGUAAAGCUCAGUGUGCCAAAGGUGUUCCUGCUAGAAGCUGUAGAGGAGCAUAAAAAAGAGAUGGCUGAUAAACAUGAGCAGCUUGAAAGGGAAGAGCAUGAAAAGAGCACAGCCACUGAAGAGCUGCUUCAGCUCACCAGGCAGAAGCUAAGCCAAGAGCUAGAAACAAGCAUUUUGGAACAAAAAAAAAUAAGGAGCUGGGAACAAUCAGUAUUCAUGCAACUUCUGAGUUUACCCCUCUCACUAUCAGAAGAAGAAUUGCGUAGAAUGAGGCAAGAGUUGCAUUGCUGCUUCUCUCAGGUGGACAGCAGCUUGGCUUGGCCCAAAAUAAGAGCGAGAACCUUGCUUCAGGCUUUCGAGGUCGAGCAGAGGGAUGCGGAGGUGCUGAAAGUUGACCAGAAUUUAGCAGUGACCAGUAAACAGCCGCAUUCUAAAGUGAAAAAAAAUGGAUCCAGGAAUAGAAAUAAGAUGGAUAUUUUGAAGAAAUCUUUACAGGACAAAAUUUUCAUUUAUGAAGACUCUGUGAAAGAUGAAAAUUUGAAUAAGGUUAAGCACGAGUUGCUGCUUGAGAAAGAGUGUCAGCUGCGCGACCUGGAAAAUAAACUCGGAGAGUAUAUUGCUGCUUUAGCCUUUCAGAAGACUGUUAAAAAAUCCAAAAUGUUGGAGCUGUAUACUGCUAUCAUAAGUGUGCAAGCUUUGCUCUUUGAACAGCUGAGCACGUCAAAAGCCCUGUCAAAACUGGAAUGUAUUCAGAUUUUAGAAGCACACAACCCUGAGAUUGAAGAACUUGACAGGAAGCUGGAGUAUGAGAUGUUGCAUAAGGAGUCAGCUCAGCAGCAGCACCAUCUAAUGAGCAGACAGAGGUGGAGUCUGGAUGGCUUGGGACUUUCAAGUGAAGCUGUAGAAACAAAUGCAGACAGACAGGUGACAGUUCUGCUAAGACAGGCUAUGAAUAAAUGUGGGCAAUUUAUAAAUCUGCAUCAGCAAAGCUUGAGAGAUGAGCAAUGGAAUUGCGUGGUGCUUGAAGAUCUCCUGGAAAAUAUAGAAAUGGAUGCAUUAUUGGCACUUUAUAGUCAGGACAUCCUUUUGGUAAAAUGCCUUCUUGCAAAAGAAAAGAGUGAUUUGAUAAUGGGUGUGUUUGCUGCUCUGGAAAUUGGUCAUGCAAAGCAAGAGGCAGAGUUCAAAUAUUUACUGUGACACAUUGAAUCCAUUGUGGACAAAGAAAUUGACUGUCUUCAAGCAUGGUGGGACCUUGUAGGUUUUUUAUGUGACAUGGGCUUUGUAGUCAUCUCCUCAUCAAGUUUAUAGGAGAGUCUGCAGAGCAGAGGUGACUCGGCUGUCAUGAGUCAUCUCGAACAUUUGGCACAUCUUACUUAACUUCACCUACCUGAGAAGCACGGAUGGUUUGAAUAGACUACAACAGUUUUUUUCUGGCAUCCUUUGAGGAAUUUAACUUGCUUUAUUUUGCUCAGCUCUUUUCUUUCCAUGUAGUUCUCAAUACAUUGGAGACUUUUCAUAUUUGUUACACAGACACGGGGUGUCUGCAGAAACAGCCCUGGAGACACAGUAGUUUUGAAAGCAGAGCAGAAAACAACAGGAUUUUGGGGUUUGGAGGGGGAAAUGGGGCUGGUUGAUUGUCUAGGGAGCAACUACAUUUGAACUUAGUCUAUUUGAGCACUAUGUUAAUAUGGUCUACUACUGACCUUUGGGCAAAAAAAGAGAGGACAUUUGGAAAAAAAAUAAACCCCAAACACCAAAACAAAACCAGAUUUUUCCUUCACCUCUUAACAAAUGUUAUUACAAGCUGCUCUCUGAGUUUAUCACAGAAUCUUGUGGUAAGAGAGGCUGCACAAUGAAGUGCUCAGCCCUGGCAACAUAUAAAUGUUGUCAUUAGGUUUCAGAGGCUAUUUUUUCUCCCUUAAUUUUGCAGAGCCCGGAAUGUUAUAUAGCUUCAUUACUAUCUUGAAAGCAUUUCUUCGUAAUAGUACAAGCCAUAAAUUAACUAAACCUUACAUGCUAGAUUACGGUUGCAUUGUGUUUUUUCAGACCGAAGGGCAUCAAGUAUAUGCUCUAAGCACAUACACUAAGAUCAGCUGUUUUUUUAACACUGACAUUUACUUUAUCCAGAACGAAAUGGGCAAUCAAAAUAUAUAUGGGUAGAAACAGUGGCCAUGGGACUGUGACCGUGACCGCUUGACACCAAAAUUGUUGCCACUAACAUGAUUUUCAGUAAUAUUUUUUG